GGCCACGUCAUCAUGACACUAUGUCCCGGCCGCAUCAUUGCCUGCUUCACUUUCUGGUACAAGUCGCGAUUGGCGGUACUCCGUAUACUCAUUUGAUCUCUGACGAACCUCCAUUUUCGAUCGAAAAAUCUCAUACAGGUACAAAGAAUGAGAGGAUUCUCCUUAAUCUCUUCGGUCCUCUCCCGUUCCCUAACGCACGCUCGUAGAACAUCUGAAUACCAAAUCAAUGUGCUUCGCUUUCACUCUGAUCUACCUCCCCCUUCUCUCUCUGGGCGUCUAGGACCAUAUACACGGUAUAAGGAUCUUGUUGAGCAAGGGAAACUACAACAUGAUCCUCACCAGGAAAAGGUGGUUCUAGAGCUGGACAAUCUUCUUGGGAGGUUAGAGCAAUAUGAGAACGAUAUGGAAGAAUAUCAUUUAAACCUAUCCAAGUGGGAAGAAACCCGGGAAAAUGAACGUCGCAGGCUUUUGACAGAGGAAGCUGAGGGUAAACAGAAGGGGGGAGUAUUUUCAUCAGUAAACAAGCAUCGGAGUAGAUUUGUUGAGAGAUGGAUGUCCCGGACAAAGCCUGAAAAUGUAGAACCGGGAGUGGGAAAAUGGGUUUCAUAUCUUAAUCGGGAGAGGAAAUUAGAUUCACUAAUUGGUCGCCGUCCAACUGCUCCUCCUGCUCCAAAAGGACUAUACCUGUAUGGAAAUGUGGGAAGUGGGAAGACAAUGCUCAUGGACAUGUUUUAUAGUGCCACUGAAGGAAUUGUGAAGCAUCGAAGAAGGUUUCACUUUCAUGAGGCUAUGCUUCAAAUUCAUGAACAUAUGCAUAAGAUAUGGAAGAAUCAAGUGGAGGAGAAGUCUUUGCAGUCAGGAAUUUCUAGCUGGAUCAUGAACCUUCCCUUUGACACAAAAGUUAAAGAAUGGAUUGAUGCAGAAGAAAGAUAUAAUCAAGAAGUAUAUAUGAAAAAUAUACUUCCUGCUGUAGCGGAUAAGUUUCUUGUCGAUUGGCAAGCAAAUCAAAGAGGUGCUAGCAUCCUAUGCUUUGAUGAGAUACAGACUGUUGAUGUGUUUGCUAUUGUGGCCUUAUCUGGAAUUGUAAGCAGAUUGUUGAGCACUGGAACUGUCCUUGUGGCCACCAGUAACCGAGCCCCAAGAGAGUUAAAUCAGGAUGGUAUGCAGCGGGAGAUCUUUCUCAAAUUUCUCGCAAAGUUGGAGGAUCACUGUGAGACUGUUCCAGUUGGAAGUGAGAUUGAUUAUCGUCGCAUUAUAGCACAAACAUCUAUAGACAAAAUUCACUACUUCUGGCCUCUGGAUGGUAUCAAAAUUAAUGAGUUCGAAAAUGUUUGGAAUGAGGUUGCAAGACAUUCUGGAGGAAGGAUCACCUCUGAUACUAUUGCAGUCAUGUUUGGGAGAACGUUGGAAGUACCACAAUGUUGUAAUGGGGUGGCACGGUUCACAUUUGAAUAUCUUUGCGGUCAGCCGGUUGGGGCUGCAGAUUACAUUGCCAUAGCUAAAAAUUUCCAUACAGUCUUCAUCUCCGACAUUCCUAUGAUGAGUAUGCGCAUCCGUGAUAAGGCGCGGAGAUUUAUCACCCUCGUCGAUGAAUUGUAUAAUUAUCAUUGUUCACUCUUUUGUACGGCAGCUGCCUCUAUUGAUGAUCUAUUUCAGGGAACUGAAGAGGGAAAGCUGUUUGAUUUGGAAAGUUUCCAAUUUGAAACAGAGACAGAAGGUGGAAAGCUCCGUCGAAAUGUUUUAGAAGGUGGUGAUGUGAGUUCGGGAGGAGCACCUGUUGGUAUUAUUUCUAUGCUAUCUGGGGAAGAGGAGAUGUUUGCCUUUCGUCGAGCUGUCUCCCGCUUGAUUGAAAUGCAAACACCAUUGUACCUUGGAGGAGUCCGCUACCUUCACCCUUAUUUUCAGAAGCAUCAAAGUUGUGAUGCCAAAAAUGAGAUCACAUCACUAUCCAAUCAAUUACUCUGAAUUCACCAAACAAUCAAGUCAGCCAAACGACAUUAUGCCCUUGGUUGAUGAGAAACACCUCUACUUAGGGCAUAUACUAGUUUGUAUAUUGGUUCUUAAUGAAUGCAUGGAUAAGGGCUGCAGACAAACUUAAUUGCUUUAGUAUUCAAGAUUAGCUUGUAUGAUAAAUGAGCAAAUUUAAUUAGAGGUUGGAAAUUGUAUGUCGAGUAAACCUGGUCGAAUUAUUACUAGAAGUUUCCUUGAGACGGGCUAUUGUUCAAGCCUUCAAGGUAAGAUAAUUCUCAAAAUUUAUGCUCCCUAGAUGUGAAAUGAUCUACUUUAUUAGAAGCACUAAGGGCUCGUUUGUUUGACGAGAUUAAACAUAUAGGGGCCGGUUCCGGUGACACAAAUUUUGACACUAUCUCAGCCUUUCAGCCCUUGAAACCAAUGGCUGAGAUUAGAUGACAUAAAGGGCGUCUCUCCCCCUCCCCCCCGUACUCUUAUCUCUCCCCCUCCUCUACCCUGGGUUCCUAUCGUUUCGCAAAGGCUGCAGUAAUGACAAAGGACAAAGGUUAUGCUCCUGUUUCCUCUUCUUCUCCUCCCAUCAAAUAACUUAACACCAGAUCAAAAAAAGAAAA